UUUUGGACAAUGAUGAAGCUUUACGGAUGGUCGAUCAAGAUUUUAUGUCUCUCCAACUUACUUGUCGUCUUUUAGGAGGCAAAGGUGGCUUUGGCUCCAUGCUUCGUGCUCAAGGUGGUCGAAUGAACGCACAAAAAACCACCAAUUAUGAAGCCUGUCGAGAUUUGCAGGGAAGACGCAUUAGAACAGUGAAUGAAGCCAAAAAGUAAAAAGACCUUUUUUUUCUCUCUUUUUCAAAUACAAAACACUGAUGUUUCAUUGACUUGCUUGUUUAGACUUCAAGAAGAAUUAGACGCAUUACCACAAAGGGAAGCCGAAAAGAGAGAACGAUUAAAGAGAAAAAUUGAAGAAGCUUUGAAAGAGAGAGAGCCUCGAAAAUACUUGUUUGACGAUAACAAAUUUCUGGAAGAUAAGGAAGAAGUAAUUGAAGACGUCAAAUCAGCUAUCGGAAGUGCGUUGAAAAAACAAAAAGUGAAUCAUAAACCAGCAGCGUCGACAUCCUCCAGUUUAUUUGAUGAUGAUGUAUCGUCCGAAGAAGAGGAGGAGGAGGAGGAAGAAGAAGAAGAGCAAUCGGAUGACGAUGAAGUGAAAGAUCAAAAAGUCGAUAAUAAAGACAAAGAAAAAGAGACCAAGACAAUAAAGGGAAAGGGGAAAGGCAAAGCUUAAGCCUCCUCAAUUUUGCAGACAAACCAGCCGUGAUUGCUACUUUUUAACAAAUGAGAGAAUCAGUUGUAUUCAUUAUUCCCAUUUCAUAUCGCCCAUGGCACAGUCCGAUUUUGUUUGUUUAAUCUAGCAAUUCAAUGAAUGGCUUGUUCAGUUUAUUGUAGACAUGGUCUGUUAUAAAAGAUGUAACAGCGCAAAUAAAAUGUAUCUCUUUAUUGUAAAGCUUUCGUAGAGUG